UCUCUCCUCUCCUCCAGUUUCUACCUAUAUAUAUUUACACCAACCAUUGAAACACUGUCAACUACUACUUUUUUUUUCUCUCUUAAUUAAUUCUUAUUUCAGAAAACAAAGCAAAUGAUGAAGGGAAAGGGAAUUUUAAGCCCUAAUCUGAAGCUGUCUCUUCCUCCUCCUGCUGAGACCUCCUUCGCUAAAUUUCUAACCGAGAGCGGUACAUUCAAAGACGGCGAUCUCCUCGUUAACAAGGAUGGAGUUCGAAUUGUAUCUAAAUCCGAACCUGAAGCGCCUCCGCCUAUUAAGCCAUCAGAAAAUGACUCGGACGACCAAUUGAAUUUAGAUGAUAUGGACGCGAUUAAAGUUAUUGGCAAGGGUAAUGGUGGAAUUGUGCAAUUGGUCCAACACAAAUGGACUGGCCAAUUUUUUGCAUUGAAGAUUAUUCAAAUGAAUAUCGAAGAGUCAGCACGCAAGCAGAUUGCAAAGGAGUUGAAAAUAAAUCAAUCAUCUCAGUGUCCAUAUGUUGUUGUUUGGUAUCAGUCAUUCUAUAACAAUGGUGCCAUUUCAAUCAUCUUGGAGUAUAUGGAUGGUGGAUCCCUAGCAGAUUUUCUGAGAAAGGUUAAAUCCAUUCCCGAACCCUAUCUUGCUGCAAUAUGUAAGCAGGUGCUAAAGGGUUUGCUGUAUCUUCAUCAUGAAAGACACAUUAUCCACCGAGACUUAAAGCCAUCUAACUUGUUAAUAAAUCAUAGAGGAGAAGUCAAGAUUACGGACUUCGGUGUGAGUGCAAUAAUGACAAGCACCUCAGGACUGGCAAACACUUUUGUUGGCACAUACAACUAUAUGUCUCCUGAGAGAAUUAUUGGUGAUAAUUAUGGCUAUAAAAGUGACAUUUGGAGUUUAGGGCUAAUGUUACUCGAGUGUGCAACUGGUCAAUUCCCAUACACCCCACCAAAUCAGGCAGAAGGAUGGACUAACUUUUAUGAGCUCAUGGAACAAAUUGUUGAACAACCACCACCUUCUGCACCUUCAGAUCAAUUUUCUCCUGAAUUUCGCUCAUUUAUAUCUGCAUGUGUAAAAAAAGACCCAAAUGAAAGAAAGUCGGCUCAUGAGCUUCUGGGAAUGCCUUUCUUGAACAAGUAUGAUGGCUUGGAUGUAGACCUCUCGUCUUACUUCAACAGUGCAGGAUCACCACUUGCAUCUUUAGAACUUGUGUGAGUGCAGAUGGAGCAAGUAACCAGUCUUGCCAAAGACAUAAAAGCAUGAAGGAUAUGUAGUUUUUGUUGCAAGUGCAGAACUUGUUUGAGCAGCUGUAGUGGAAACAAGGCCCAAAGUUGAGGCAUAAUGAUUGUCCAAAAAAUCAUAAAGUCUUGCCAGAGGACUUGGAGUGUGAGGUACACCUUUAUUGUUGUGUUAAUGUUUUCAUAAUUGAAAAUGUAGUUGUGUCAUAUAUCACCUUUCCAAAAAAGAAAAAAAUUCGUGUCAUAUAUCAAGAACAAUUUAUAAACUUCCUGAAUUAGAAAUUGUAAUGAAAUAGAUGAUGGAAGUGAAUCUUUGCCCGUCUGUUUGAGCUCUA